CCGUCUGUAAACUAUGUGCUAUGAAAUUUGAAGCGCGAACGUCGACGCCUGUUGCCGUCGUGUUCCGCAUGUGACCGAACAGACAGGGGAGGAGCUCCGUGUCUCGUGUACAGUACCGUGGAACCACAGGAUGUGGUCAGUGAGGCUGUAGAGCAGCAGCAGUAGCUACAGUCGUUGUAUUGGCGUACAGGAAAAACACGGAGUAACCAGAACGGCUACAAUCACGUAGCCCGCAGCUUCAGAGAAAGCGUCACCGGAACAAUAACACAGACAAAGCUUUGGUGUGCUGAUGCAGUUUUUGUGAGAUCAUAUCGAGCCAACAACACUGAGUACACAAGCAAAGAAGAUGAGCACCAAGAGGAAAGCAGAGAGUCGCUCCAGGACAGCAAACAGACCACGCAUUAUGAAGUCUGGACACUCUCGAGCCGAUUCAGAGAGAGAUUCUGGAUUCUCAGAUGCAAGCUCAGAGUAUAUGAGUUCAAUGAACACCACAGACAGGGAGGACUCACUCCACCCUGUUGGACAGCAUGGCUCAGGGCCUCAGCCCUCUCAGCUGGCUGUGGUUGGAGGCUCCUACUCCAGCAUGUCUCCCAUGAUCAUUAUGAACAAUGUCCUCCUGAAGCAGCAGCCCCAGGUAGUGUUCGUCCAACCUGUGGUCUCUCGUCAAGCUUCCCCCGCUCCCAAAGAGACGACCCACAGGCACAGUCAACUCAAGAAGUAUCGUCCAGUCCAGAAAUCCUACCCCAAGAUUGCGCCACAUCCUGGAGACUGGUCCUCUAGCAGAGGAACUUCUUCCUCAUCUUCAUCCACCUCUUCCUCUUCUUCAGCGUCAAAGAGGGGUAGAAGUUUGACCUCUAAACACCGUGAACAUAGUCACAGAGUGAAACAGUCAAGAACUCUGGGUGGUACUGUUAGUGACUCUGGCUUAAAUAUUACCAGUCCUAGUGCUCCCAGCAUCAUGUCUCCUCUACUCAAGAGUCGACACUCUUCCUCCAUGACAGAAACCAGUAGCAGCAGUAGUCCUGCCAGUGAGAGGCCUUCAUCAGCUCUCAGUCAGUCAGAGUUUAACACUUCCUUUUCUAUCAAACAGACCUCUGAUUCCAAAAAUGAGACACCUUCUUUUUCUCAAAAAAGCAACCAGGAGAAAAUUUCACAAGGAGAAAUUGACCACAGUGACUAUGGUGAUGACAUACGGAGGAAGCGUUUCUGCAACACCUACAACAUCCUGAGCAACUCUGGCCUUCUGGACAUCACGCUACGAACCAAGGAACUUCUCAGACAGAAUCGACGCACCCAGAAUGACCUAGACCAGCUGAAAGAACACACAGACCUUUUCCUUCAGGCUAUUCAGAGUGGUGACAUUAGUAUCUGUGGUAAGCUGCAGGCAAACCUUUACAAGGAAGUCAGAGAGAAAGAGAGGAACAGAGCUGCUCAGGCCAGCUUAAAGGAAGAUUAGACCCGGGCCAGUGCGAGACAAUAAACCUUUAAACUGAGAUGAGAGCAGGAAGGCCAGGGUUUGGGAGGGGUUGGAGCGUAUAGAAGCAGAUGGAACGAAAGUAAUGUGCUCCACAAAACACACCCACAGAGGGUGUGCUGUGGCCUACAUUUUGGCUGUGGCCUGCUGUAGGGCUUUGAUGCUCCAAGCCAACCACAAAAAUUGGUGCAGAUUAAGACUGUUUGUGGCCUCAUAUUUUAUUUUUUUUCAGUAGUUGCUGACAAACUUAACUUUGCUGAACCUGAUGGUGUUAGUCUGGGAUGGUGUCCUUGUGGGAAGAGAAAACAUGGAGGUGAAAAAAAAGUCUGUUUCUCUAGUCACCUCAUGCACCGAGGGUCAAUUGUCCAAACAACCAGUUAUGACAUGACUUGUGCAAUCAGUGAAGGACACAGUGCAAAACUGUACCCAGGUUUGCUUUAAAAUGUAUCGCCAAAUUUGACAGGAUUUUCAAAGAUUCACUCAAAGAAAAUAUGUAACUGCUGUGAAACGAACUUCAGGAAUUGGUUCACAUAAGCAGUGGGUGGCGCCAAAGUCCAUAUCAUCUCAAAUGGUCACAAUAACAACUUGAUGACGUAAGUAAAGAGCACCAAUAGCUGUUAAAUGUUUUGUUGCAACUUUGAUAGAUUUUUUUUCAAACCACACAAAUUGUCUCUCACCCACUGUUUCCACAGUUUCUGCUAUUUUUUUCCAGUACAGCGAAAUGUGGAAGCUGGAGAGAUUUUUAGCCACUUGAUUUCUAAAUGUCUUCUCUUAUUAGCUAAAAUCAUUAAAUGUUGUGUUUCAGUUGUUUUUAUGCGUAUUAAACCAGAUGGAAAAAACCCCUAAUGGAAAAAACACACCUUUUUUGAUGUCGGAUACGUUCAAAGUGUUGCUAGCUACUGACUUGAUGUGUUAGGGUCCAGUACGGACACAGCACAGAGUUCUGUAAUGCUGAGUCUGACCACAGCUCUUUGACUGAAACUGCUGCACAGAAAUCUUAAGCUCAUUGGCAAUCAAGACUUGGAAACCCAAGAGAUUUGGAUCUAAGGCAUAACCAAAUUUUUAUAUCAAAUGCACUUCUUAAACACUACAUGACAAUAUGUUUUCAUCUAAAAACUAAAAUCAUAAGUUCAGUUGUUUGAAAACAGAAUUAAGUUCACAUUUCUAUUGUUCUGACAAUUACGCAUCAUUGAUCUAUUCCUUCACACUCUGGCUCACUAGUAUUGAUGUGUUGCUUAACAGGAACCUAGUUGACAGUCAGGAAUUGCCUAUGUAAGCCAAAUAAUGUGAAGCAGGAGUUGCCAACCAUGUAAAAUCUCUUUCUGACAGGUUUAAGAAAUGGAUGUGUUCAGGGCCUCUUGUCAGUCCGUAUCCUCAAUCAUUCAGAAGUCUAGCACGUGCCUCAAGUGACUCUUAAGAUUCUGCUGUGAAAGAUUUAGCACAGCCCGUCGACAGUUUGAACUUCAGCAUUCCCAUCACGUUGAUGGCAGCAGCAAUACAGAACAAACAGGCUUCCAUCAGCCACAGUUGCUUCCCAGAUAAACAUCCCAGUGUUAAUGGUGCUUCCUUACUAGUUCAACCACGUUGAUUUGUGUAUGAUGUCCUUCAUAUGACUGUAUUGGUUUCUCUUAUUUAUCUGUAUAUGCAUGGAUGUCAUUUAAUGUGAAAUUAAUGAAAUAUCUGUGUCACCAAGACAACCACCAAGUCCUGUUUCUUUAUGAAGCUUUAGAUCUCUAGUGUCUGAAAUUUUUAUUUCUCUAUUUGACAAAAUGUCCAACGUGCCCUGUCUAAAUUAGAAACAGAUGUGUGCUUAAUGUCAUGUUUUUGUAUGCUUAUAAAUGAUGGCCUUAAUACUACAAACCCAGAUAGCAUUACAGAACUUUGCUUUUGCACUACACUGAUGUAAGCAGGAGCUCUAAAGCAGAUUCUGGAAAGAAUGAAAUGGCAGCUAUGGAAGAUAAUUUGAGGAAGACUGCAAAAAUACUUUGCAUUGUGAAUCAUUGUAAGCACAUUAGCUGUGUAUAAUAGAACAGGUUUCUGUUGUCUCAUAGUCUCUUAAGUAGUAGAUUUUUAUAAUGUGGUGCUCUGAAAAUGGCCUAUGAGUUACAUCUCAAGCAAGGGAAUCUUUCAUGGCUCGUGUUGUAAAUUAAUUACAGAAUUGUACAUGGAUGGUUUGUAGGGACUGGUUUUUUGAGAGCUAAAUGACAGGGCAACAGCUAAGAGGGAGUGGUAGCAGUCAAUAUGUUUGUUUCUUGUUUUCUAAACUGUCAAUCUUUAAUUAAUUUGUAUGUUUCAUUUUUUUUGUAAUGCUGUCAUGGCAGGUAUGUUUUUGUGUUCAGGGUCACUGGAAAACCUUUUGUGCUCAACACCCAGCCUUUCUGCUUGAUAGUUUGAGGUUGCACUGAAGAGGUUUAAAGUCAUCUCAUGUUUUUUUUUUAUUGCACCAGUUCCACUGUUGGCAAAAAAGAAGCCCCAGACGUAUUGCACAGUUUUUUCGAGGUUGAAACAUUUCCAGAAGUGUUGUUCUAUGACCAUUAAAUCUGCUGCAAGCUUUGAAGUUUAUGAUUGAUCUCAAUGCAGAGUUUCUCUGUAGAGCUUAUGGUUAAGCUUUCUUAAGAUCACAUCGCUGUUUUCUGGGGAUUGCCUUUGAUUGUAGCAAACUGCCGUCAAGUGUAGUACGUGAGUAGUAUUGCUUAUUCAGAGCACUAUGCGUUGUUUGUUUCUUCUCUAAGAUAUUGGAAUCUGUUAUCUGUUCAUAAUUUCUCACAGUUAAAUGAGUAUAGUUCAAUAUAGCUAGAGAGUUUGGUCUCCAACUGUAUUCAGCAAUAAAAAAAGAGGUCAUGUCGCAGUGACAGUGUAAAUGUUUUUCCUACAUCAGGAUAUAAAACAUGAUAAACGUGUAGUUUAAUCAGUGGCUCUAUAGAACUAUACUUCAUUUAUCAAGGAGCCUAAAUGUUUUUUUUGUUUGUGUGUAUAUGUUGCAUUUUUUGAAACACACUCCAGGAAUAAUUGACAACCUUAACCAAUAUGUUUCUCUGUCAGCUCUUAAAUAAAUGUUUUUAAAAGCUGUAGCUCAUUGUGAAUAGUUUUGAUGUAUGGAAUGGCAACAUAACCUCUCUGCAUUAUCUUUCACUCAUCACUGUAUGUGGUGACACGCAUUAGUUUAAAAACCAUAUAUUUUUAAUGUAGGCCUUAUUGAACCUUAAAAAGGCCAUGACACCUGCAGGAAUAAUGCUGAUACUAUAUUGGUCUUUUGCCUUGGCUGGAAACAAAUGUGUCCAAAUCUUGGAAUCACAGCAUACCAAACAAUUUAACCAUUUAACCUAUACUUAGACAAUUCAUUAAUUUUGACUCUUGCAGACCAGUCCCUCAACAGAUGAGCAUAUGUUCUAUUCUUCUGUUAAUAUAGUGCUUACUUAGCGAUUCAAUGCUGAGUCUUUAAAAUCUUGGAAUAGGUUGAAUGGCCCCUCUGCUGAAAUCAAAGUUUUCUGUUAUUGUAUGGAUUUUCUGCCAGUGGAAUAAGUAAUGGUCCUAAAAUCUCAAAAUAGGUUAAGGAAGUUUUGGCUACAACAAUGCUUAUCUCUUCUUUUAUGCUGCCAUCAGCGUUAACGGCGUUAACUAAUUUGUUAGUUGGGUUUUGUUUACAUGGUCUAGCACUGCUGUGGUUAUUCUUUUUUUAAUCAUGUUCAUGUGAUCGAUUGACUUCAAUCAAACCACAAGUCUCUGAUGCAGCGUUUAAACUGUAUAUGUUCAUGUCGUGUCAUGUAUUGUUGUUGCUGUCAUGACGCCAUGAUCAUUUUAUUGUUUGUUAAUUGUUCAGUUCGUAAACAAAGUGUAAAGACCGUUUGUGCUUAUAGAGACACUGGAUUUUGGGUCAUUCAUCUAAAUGUUGGCAGCUCUCCGUCCUUAAAUUUAAAUAAUCUUUUUUGUUGUUUUUUUAGUUGUGCACCAGCAGCAUUGAUCGAACGCAUUGGCCUGUAUGUUCAACGAGUAAAUUGUGUUCGAAAAAUAUGAUGUAUUCAUUAACUAGAGAUAAACAUUCAGACUGAAUGUAGUGUGAGUUUUAUUUUUUCUACUCGAAAAGUGGAAAUGCAGAACCUUGUUAUAAUCAUCAUGGGACUUGAGACUUUGGAGGAUUUACUAAAACAUCUGUCUCGUGUUUUUAAAACCUGAGGAUACAAGAUAAUAAUGAAUAAUGAAUAAAUUAUGAUUGGAAAUGGGAUUGAUGUAACAUGCUCUGUGGCAAUUUUUGUACAUUUGUCCGCACAGACAUUGCUUGUGUAAUAAAUGUCAUAAGAAAGAAA